GUUUGAACUUGUCUCUAACAUCUCCAAGAUGUACAACCCACCUUCCCUAUAGAAACAGCAAAAGACAACUUCCCCUCUCGUGGCUCCCGUCUGAUCAGCAAGCUUUGUGGCAGGUACCUUCCAUUCGGUUACCUUCAACAUCAGAUCUAGGUAGCCCGGCCAGCUCCACCAUCCACCGGGCUUAGGUUGUCAAAGUCAAGCAAGCAUACAUCCCCCUCAGCGCUUAUCUUUGGGGACUGGACCCUGGAGGUCGCCUUUUAGCCAGUGUUUUCAUUUUUUAUAUCCUCAGACUUCAUCUUUGCUUCUUCCCCCCUUCCAUUGCGAAGGGAGCAAACAUCAAAGCCGUCGACACCUGCAGUCUUUGUUCCUCACGUCGUUGGUUAUUCCGUCCGCCUGUCUAUCUCUCACUUCGCUGCAGAAUCCGAGGACAAAGCUGUAGCUACCCGAUAAACCACCACCAGCCUGCCCCGCGCAUCGACGUCGGCGACCUCCGCCUCUCAGCUCAAAUAAUGGCAGACAACCACAGCGGCACCGAGUCUCAUGUGACGAUCCAGCGGCGGACUCACUACUCACCACCGUGGGCAGAUGUCAGCAUCAUUGGCAUUGCUGGCAGUUCCGGCUCUGGAAAGUCGACUCUGUCGCACGCCAUUGUGAGGAAGCUGAAUCUGCCCUGGGUGGUGAUUUUGUCCAUGGACUCUUUCUACAAUCCCCUGAGUCCCGAGGAGUCAAAGAGGGCUUUUGACAAUGACUUUGACUUUGACGCGCCAGAUGCAAUUGACUUUAAUGUACUUGUGCAAUGCUUGCGCGAUCUGAAGGCUGGAAAACGGGCUGAAAUUCCCAUUUACUCCUUCUCUAAGCAUCAAAGGCUGGACAACACCACAACCAUCUACUCACCUCACGUCAUCAUCCUGGAAGGAAUCUUUGCCCUCCAUGACCCCCGCAUUAUUGAUCUUCUGGAUAUGAGGAUAUUCUGCGAGGCGGAUGCCGAUACGUGUUUGUCACGCAGAGUGUUGAGAGACGUCAAGGAGCGUGGCCGUGACGUAGAUGGCAUCAUGAAGCAGUGGUUCAAGUUUGUGAAACCAAACUUUGAAAAAUUCGUCGAGCCACAGCGCAAAGUCGCAGACAUCAUCGUGCCGAGAGGUAUCGAGAAUCGCGUAGCUAUGGCCAUGGUUGUUCAGUACAUUGAGCGCAAGUUGAUCGAAAAGUCAACCCACCACCGGGCAGCACUCACGCAGUUGGAGUUGGCUGCUGCCAGUGAUCCUCUGUCUGACAGAGUCGUGAUUCUCGACCAGUCACCGCAACUGAGAGGCAUGAGCACCAUUAUUCAGGAUAUCGACACCUCUGCGGAAGACUUUAUAUUCUACUUUGACCGCCUCGCGUGUCUUCUGAUUGAGCAGGCACUCAACAAUGUGCAAUUCAGAGAAAAGACCAUUGCCACGCCCCAAGGUUACAAGUACAACGGACUCCAAGCUACGGGCGAUGUCAGUGCGGUGCUUGUCCUUCGUGGCGGUGCCGCCUUUGAGACGGCCUUGAAGAGGGUCGUCCCCGACAUGCGGACAGGCAGAAUUCUGAUCCAGUCCAACGUGCGGACGGGAGAGCCCGAGCUGCAUUAUCUCAAGCUCCCGGACAACAUUGACUCUCACGAGUCGGUCUUGUUGAUCGACACACAGAUGGCCAGCGGAGGUGCCGCGCUGAUGGCUGUCCAAGUCCUCGUAGACCACGGCGUUGCCCAGGACAAGAUUGUGCUGGCGUGCUAUGCUGCCGGAAGACUGGGUGUACACCGUCUUGCAAAGGUGUUUCCUGGUAUCACCAUUGUUCUAUGCAACAUGCUUGCAGAUAUUGAGGACCGCUGGGUUGAGAAGAAGUACUUCCGAUGCUAGCCGUAGGCAUAUAUAUACUUGUAUAACCCGGCCGAGUUGCGCCGAGCCUGUCGCUGUAGCAAAAUCGAUGAGUGCUCAAGUGGCAACAGAAAAGAUCCUAUUGCAAAAGUGCAUCGUAAUGCCAUGGAGUAAGGCUGCUUGAUUCAUGAGACUUGAGGGUCCUCAAGGGCUGGAACCCGUCCCUCUGGAAAAGGCCGCAGAUUCGCCUGCCAGACGGCCUGCAAGAUCCAUUGCCUCGCAUAUAUGUCUCUCGCGGCUUCGCCUUGUUCGCACUCUGGCACUUCUGGACGGAUCCCGGAUUCACGGCUACGAUUCUCGUCAUUGGCUCCCAAUGCGGCUACAAAUUGGCCGAACGAGACACCGAGGAGUGGACAUGGCGGUGGAGACGUACGGCUCCCGCGGCAGGGGGCAUUUGGACGCCGCUGACUGAGAUCACAGUUUCUCGCUAGACGAGUAUUCAGAUUUCAGGCCGAGAAAGGACCCUUUUUUUUCUAGUUGGUCCUCUUUAGAAGGAUCUUAUCAGCUCGGACGACCGUGAGAUCGCGGCGCCGACAACGGAACUGAGGUGUUGGGACGAAAGUCCGAGAUUCGUUGUCGGUGACGGCGAUAUGCGGUCGGAUUCUGCUCUUCUUUCGGUAAAGAAUUUUCUUCUUUACUUGUUCGCCUGAUGCAUCAGAGGACUCAUCCAUAAGGAUAGUAGUCAGUAAUAUCCGUAGACAAGUAGGG